CGGGGCGAAGAUGGCUAAGAAGCUGCCACCCAAAGUAAAUGCCAACUAAGUGGCCCGGCCGCCUGCACUAAUUUUCCAAUGGACAUCAAAUGUCAACAGCAGCAGCAGCAGCAUCCCCACCACCAACACCACCAACAGCAGCAGCAGCAGCAGCAGCAUGUAACUGGAGCUGGACACACGCAGCAGCCGGCCGCAGGACCCAUUGCAAUGGGGCACAAUCAACUGCUGUUGCACGGAAAUGAGCGCAUGUUAACAACAACAACUACAACGGCAACAACAGCAACUGCGUCCUGUCAGCCAACAGCCAGCAAGACAGCAGCAGGAGCUGCAGGAGCAGCAGCAGGAGCCAACUCCCACAAUGACAAAAUGGCGUCAGCCAGCCGAAAUGUCAACGGAAGUUGUAUCAACCACAGCAGCAGCAUGGCCACCGCACAACAACAAGCUCUGACGUUGACAAUGACUAGACAGGGACCGGGGCCGGGUCCACCAAUGCAGCUGAGCCAACGCGUCACCUUGGGCGAGUGCAGCCUCAAUGACUUGGAUGGCUUUUCGGCGCCCACGGCGCCGCCGACAUCCUCAACAGCACCGCACACACCGCAAGCGCCUCAGCUGCAGCAGCAGCACACGGUCAUGGGCAUGGCCAUGGCAGGGGAUGUAGCCAUGAGCAUGGGCAUUAGCAUGGGUCCAGCGCUCAACCAGUGCACCUACUGCUGCCAGCCAAUUUGUGAUCGUUAUAUCAUGCGCGUGGUGGACAACUCGUUUCACGAGGGUUGCCUCAAGUGCACCGCCUGCUCGCUGCAUCUUGUGCACUCCUGCUAUGCGCGGGACGGCAAGCUCUACUGUCGCAUUGACUACGAAAGACUCUACUUGCGUAAUCGUUGCCUUGGCUGCGGCCAUAAAAUUGCCGCCGAUGAACUUGUGAUGCGCUCGCAGGAGAAUAUCUUCCAUCUGAAGUGCUUUGCCUGCGUCGUCUGCGGGGCGCUGCUGAAGAAGGGCGAGCAGUACGUGGUCAAGCAGGGUCAGCUCUUCUGCCGCUUCGACUAUGAGAAGGAGGUGGAGAUGCUACAGGGCUAUGAUUAUUAUGGUGAUGACCUGUUCCCACCGAAAAUGGAUGGACGACGGGGCCCCAAGCGACCACGUACCAUACUGAACACCCAGCAGCGGCGCGCGUUCAAGGCGUCCUUUGAAGUAUCGCCCAAGCCCUGUCGAAAAGUGAGAGAGAAUCUGGCCAAGGACACGGGCCUGAGUCUGAGGAUUGUACAGGUCUGGUUUCAAAAUCAGCGUGCCAAAGUUAAGAAAAUACAGAAAAAGGCCAAACAGGAGCCGCCGGCCAAGGGUGUCAGCGACACGCACUCACAGGACUCACAGGAGUCGCAUGACAGCAGCUUGACACCAAAAAUCAAGGACGAAGCGCACAGUGAUAGCGAGUCGCAACAAGAGUCGCCAUUCUCCACAAACUCUGACGGACUGACGAGGCUGCGUUGCAACAUCAAGGACGAACAGGAGCAGGGUACUUUAAGCUGUAUGGAGACCAACAAGGAAAACUGCAACAAGAACAGUGAGCCCAUCCUGAACACCAUUCUUGGCCUGAGCUAUGCCACUUUUCAGCAGCUGAUGGGUCCCUUCACGCAAACGCCAAUGAUCAAUCCGAUCGAUCGGCUUUACAGCAUGCAGAGCUCCUAUUUCAGGCCCGAAGAGCUGGGCGCCUACGGCGAAUGCGGCGGUGGCAGCAGCAAGGAAUCCAUGGACCACUAGUCUCGCCUGCAGAUUGCAACAAUUUUAAGCCAAAAUCAAAAUUAGUAUUUGUAAAAUAAACAAAAUGUUAAUGUGCUAGAAACUCGCUUGAGAUAGUGGUGCGGAACCUUUCGCUAAAUGCAGCAGCACGUGCAGAACCCAACCCCGAGCCCGAGCCAGAUCCCAAUACGGUGCGGAGAUCCGGUGCAACCACCCAGCGCAAGGUUGCGAGACUUUUUGGUUGUCCUGCAGGUGCAGCCUUCGAAAUUCGUUCCACUCAGUUGACAAGAACAAAGCAUUUAACACAGCAGCAGCCACAACCACCCCGAGAUGGGCAUAAUGCUUAAAAUGGGCGUAAAAUACCGAUUCGUCAGGCAUUGUUCGACCGCAUUCUAUGUGUGCGCCCGGAUCCCGACCCUGUUGACAGCGCCGGCCUGUCAAUGUCAACGCUGACUCAAGCGACCCCCAUCAUCCCCCAUCAACCAAUCCGCCACCAAGCCUGGCUGAAAGCGGGGGCGACUUACUAUUGGCAUGCAAUAACUGUAAGGGGGCGGGGCCAGAACAGAGCAUUGAAUUCAAUUCAAAUCAUGAAAAAAAAACUAAAAUUAAUUGUGCUAGUAAAUGAAAAGAGCUCAUGAUUAUUUGA